UCGUACCGGCCAACAUGGAGGGAGAGGAGUCGCUGCGCCCCACCGAGCCGGACCUUCUGGAAGGGACAGACCAGAAGCCAGAGUUGGAGGAGGAGCAGAGUGAACCCGACGAAGCGGCUCGCGGCAGCAAGAAGCGGAUCGUUCCAGGGAUUGUGUACUUGGGCCACAUCCCGCCGCGAUUCCGGCCCUUGCACGUCCGCAACCUUCUCAGCGCCUACGGUGAGGUCGGACGCGUCUUUUUCCAGGCUGAAGAUCAGUUUGUGAGACGCAAGAAGAAGGCGGCAGCUGCUUCGGGAGGAAAAAAGGGAUCCAAGUACAGCAAAGACUAUACUGAGGGCUGGGUGGAAUUCCGAGACAAACGCAUAGCCAAGCGGGUGGCAGCCAGUCUACACAACACGCCUAUGGGUGCCCGCAAGCGCAGCCCCUUCCGUUACGAUCUUUGGAAUCUUAAGUAUUUGCACCGUUUCACAUGGUCCCAUCUCAGUGAACACCUUGCCUUUGAGCGCCAGGUGCGCCGGCAGCGUCUGAGAGCAGAGGUGGCUCAGGCCAAGCGUGAGACUGACUUCUAUCUUCAAAGUGUGGAAAGAGGAAAACGCUUCCUUGCUGCUGAUGGUGAUACAGCUCGUCCUGAUAGCUCCUGGGCGUUUGCCCAGCGUCCCACAGAACAGGAGCUAAGGGCCAAGAAAGCUGCACGCCCAGGAGGACGGGAAAGGGCUCGACUGGCUAAUGCCGAGGACCAGGCCCGUUCUAACCGAGGUCUCCUUGCCAGGAUUUUUGGAGCCCCCUCAUCUUCAGAGAAUGUGGAGGAAUCCUAGCAAGCCAGGGACUUCUAAGAGACAGAGUGGUCUUCACCUAGCACAGCCCUGCUUCUUGUCUACCUCAUGCUAGAAUGAUGAAUGACUGCCCAUGCUCACAUUUUCUGUUUUUCUCAGUCCAGGAGUUGCUGGUGAAGUCUCAGACAUGGAGCUUUUGUUAAACCUCUUUGCUGCUCCAACACUCUUAAGUGCCAGGAUGAAAUAACUUAUUUCAUACUAACAUGGUUAUGACUAUAGUAAAUGCCUGUUUCAUUUUGUUUGACUUGUGGUUCUUUACCCCUUUUUCACUGGGGUCACUUCUGGCCUCCCAAAUGGCCUUUGUUUUCAACUAAAGUGACUAACAUUAGUCUGUAUAUUGACUACAGGUAAGGGUAGCAGCAACGUCUAUUGUAUUUAGAAAAGGUUUUCAGGUAUUGUAGUUAUUGGGUUGGGGAACCUUUUUCCAAGAUGUAUUUAUAGAAGAAAAAAAUUAAAAUAUGUUUAUAGAUGCUUUUUUAGCUUUAGGGGUGAGAGUCAUUGAAUGUUUCAACUUUGAUCUUGUUCCAGUCA